AUGCGCGCCUUGGCAAUCAAGCAGCACCUGGUGCCAAAGGCAAGAAAAGCAUUUGCCUUGUUCCUCAUGGAGAAUACACGGGUCAAAAAGGGUGCUUUGAAAAAGGAACACAUUGAAGACAUGAAAAAGGUGGCCAAGCUAUGGAAAAGGCUCCCUGAAGCCACAAAGGCUACUUACAAUGAGAAGAGCGCCCAGGAAUUCCAAGCACAGAGGGCUGCGCUGAUGCGUCUAGGUCUUGAUCCUAGGCCACAGGCAGGCAAAGCUACCUGCAGUCCUCCUGGUCUGCCUUUGCAGACCCUUGAGGAAGAAGUCAAGAAUGUCAAGAAGUUUACUGUUGGGCCAUACACAGUGACAGACAAGGAGGGUAUUCCUUUGUUGGGCAGCGGAUCCUAUGGCAAAGUGUUUUCAGCUUGCACCAGCCUGGGCCGGUCGUGCGCCAUCAAGGUGUAUCGAAGCCGGGGUGCGAAGAGUGAGGCCGCCUACGAAGCCACCAUCUACAUGAAUUUAGACAAGCUGCAGCCAUCCCAUCGCAACUGGUUUCCUCAAAUGUUGGAGUUUGACGCAGAUGGGCAGCCAUGGCCUUGGCUGUCACUGGCCUGUGCAGGGGUGAGUCUAGCAAGCUGGUUGGGUGCCAAUGGCGCGAUGACCUCGGAACUGAUUCAACCCGCGGUGCUGCAGCUGCAGGCGGCAAUCCAGACUUUGCAUUGCCAGGCGCGACUCUUGCACCUGGACAUCAAGCCUGCCAACAUCCUUUGGUGCUCUGAGCUAAAGGAGCUCAAGCUGUGCGACUUUGGCAUGUCAGCUUUGCCAAAAGCAACGGCCCAAGCUCAUGCUCAAGCUCCGCCACGAUUUUGCGAAUAUGUCACAGCUCAGUAUCGACCACCAGAGCUUUGGCAUGUGGGUGCUGAUUCGCAUGCCUUGGAAGCAGCUUUGACCAAGGCAGUUGAUGUAUGGAGUUUUGGCUGUGUUAUCUUUGAGAUCAGUACGGGAAAAGUUCUCAUGCAUGCAAAGGAUGGAAGGCACACGUCUUCCAGGCAGACCGUUGCUGAUUGGUGCAAAAAUUGGCCAGAGAUGAGCGCUUCUCCUUAUCAUCAUCGCCAAAGGCCAGAUAGUAGUAGUAGCAAGUAUUUUCGUGCUCGCCUUGCUGCCUCUGGCAUGUGGCAUGCUGUGAUCCUAGCUGCCUGCAGUCCGGAACCGAGGGCAAGAAGAUGGAUGAAGCUGCCUCAAAGCGUAGCAAGUGAGAGUUGA